AUGCUCUCUCGGCGCUUCCUUUCGUUGGCCGCAUGGCUAGUAGCAUUCGCUGCUGCACAAUCAUGUGUCACAGAUAACGACUGUAGUCUUAACGGUCUCUGCCUCCCUAGCACCAAAACGAAUGCUACUUCGACCUGCCGCUGCGAUCCCGGCUGGUUUGGUGAUGAUUGCGGACGGCUCGAUCUUGCGCCCGCAGCGAGAUACACGGGUUUCAACGAGACCAACGCCACUGCGCCGAACCAUUACAGCAAUCGUGGCAACUCCUCCUGGGGCGGCCAGAUUGUUCAAGACCGGGAUGAUCCGAAGCUUUUCCACCUCAUCUACGACCAGUUUGCGUACGGCUGUGGAUUGAGUGGCUGGCGACCCACAAGCUUCAUUGCCAGAGCAGAGAGCACGAGUGGGCCUCAGGGGCCGUAUAUAUGGAGACAAAAUAUUACGUCGAGUUUUAGGCAUAAUGCGUAUGUGUACUGGAGUCCGGCAGACAGGAAGUAUUUGCUCUGGAGCAUCGGCGUGAACAUCCCGGAUCCGAAGCAGUGUGGUGGGAUCAACAAAGCUCAGUGGCCGAACAACAUAUCCGUCUCCAGCGCUCCCACAAUCCGCGGACCAUGGGCCCCGUUCAAGAUCCUAAUAAACGGAACGAAUCCAGCUCCGGCACCUCUCUGGUCGCCGAACCAUCCCACAGGCGAGACUAUCCUCGCCGCCGAAGACCUCAGUAUCUUCACAGCCCCGUCCUACGACGGUCCUUACAAACAAGUCUUCUCGGCGCCGUGGAACACCUCAAACUACUCCCCUACCUGGGCGGAAGAUCCGUUCCUCUGGCGCGACAAGCGUGGACACUGGCACGCGCUCGCGCACUGGAUGAUUGACAUCACCGAGCGCGGCGUCAAAUACCCGCGGGUAGGAACACAUAUGUAUAGCAGGAAUCUGACGGGUCCGUGGACGUUCAAGUUGCAGGAGGCCUUCAACUCGACGGUAAACUUCACGGAUGGAAGUGUGGAGACGUUCAACAGGAGGGAAAGGCCAAAGCUGUUCUUCAGUGAUGAUGGGGAGGUGACACCGCUGUAUAUGGUUAAUGGGGUGCAGAGGUUGGGCAGCUCGACGGAGAGCUACACCCUAGUGCAGCCGGUAGGGAACAAAUGGAGGGAGCUUGAGGCGGGAUUGGGCUUUUCGUGA